AUGAGAGAUGAUGUCAGUAGCCCGCGGCAGGACCAGGAUCUCCCGCUACGGGCUCCACUCCGGCGGGGUUUCAUAUCAGUAGAGCCCAGGCCCGUCCAGCUUAGUGGCACUUCGGACAGCUGGGAAGCUGCCCACGGGCUUCGCCUCCCAAGGAGUCGCGGCGGCCUGCCACGCCGUCGCACAAAGGGGUUGCUGAGUCCGCAAUGCGGGAUACUCCAAAGGGGGAUCAAGGGUCGGACAACGCCAGCCACUGCAGAACCACAGGAUCCGCUGUCAUGGGGUGUCAACCGACGCCAUGAAACCAUCCUCGAGAACAAACUUGAAGCUCCAUCGCCCGAGAUGGUUGCGCAAGUGCAUGCGGCCCCCGCGUACAAUCACAACAGAUGGCAGCCAAAGCCUGUGAUCAAGGGGGAGCAGCACAUGACCCAAGAGUGCUCGUCGAGGUUGCUAGCGCCCGGUGGUCUUCCGAUGUAG